AUACUGUCUGUUACUAGUAGCAACAUACAUUUAUUUUGUUUGUUAUUGACAUACUUAAUAAUUGAGUUUAAUAUUCUACUAUUUCUUUAUAAGUACUUUAUUAUUUUGAAAGAAAAGAUGAACAAAACAUGUGGAACAAAACCAUCACCUUCUACAAAAACUCGUCUGAGUGAGCUAAUUUCAUGGCGUUUACUCAAGAAAAAUCCAUCAGGUGCAUUGAUAUGGGGAAUAUUUGGUGCAUCAUUAAUAAUGGAUGGUUAUUUUUGGGUUCAUUUUCUAAGGCGUAAAGAAUAUCAAGUUGACCACAAAAAACGAAUGUGGAACGAACGUUUAGAAAUGCUCGAAAAGCCAAUAAAAAUGAAAUUAUAUUAUUCAUCUGAUGAAGUAAUGCCAAAACCAUGUCAACCACUGAUUGAUGUUUAUAAGCAAAUGCUAGAGGCAGAAUCUGGCAAAUGUAAGAUAGUUCAAGAAUGUAUAUGUGCAGUUGAAACUACAAAUGAAUAAAUAAUUAAUUAUAACUUUUUAUUACCUGAUUAACA